GAAAAUUUAUCAAAUAUUUUACUCUCAGACUGUCAUUGAUUGUUUGUUUCCACUUGCUUCUGUUUGAAAUGAGGUUUGUUUUGUACUUUGAAAGCGUUUUCUCACCUUGAAAGCAGGUUGCAUUUCAGAUGAAAUGAAAAAACUACGCAUACCGAAACGGGAAGUUGUCUUUUCUCAUGUUUUUCCAUCAACUACGCGUAUUGGCAUUGCCUGUCAGCGGACACCGCCUAAGACAUACAUGAUGCAAAGAAGUGUUGUUGACGACAAAACAUCAAGACUUUUGGUUUAGUUGUAUCGCGAAGAUAAAGGAUCUUGUUUUCCGUGUCAGUGGAACUUAACCUCGUGCCGUCUGCCCUUAUGCUGUAGAAGUCUUCUACUACAAUAAAAUGGCCGACGAGGAGAAGCCAUUUGGAGAGCCUGCUGCAGGAACCAGUGCAGUGGAGUUGGCGGCAUCCUCCCAGGCUUCCGUCCCACAAGGUUCUGUCUCUGUAAUCAGCAGUACCACGAUGUCUGGCUCGGUGUCUCUCACUCAGACUACCGGUGCCCUCCCUACCCCAGUGCCCUCAGCCUCCACAAUGACCAGCUUCCACUUGAGACCGCAUCUCAUUUCUACGCCGUUUGGUCUACGGUUGGCUAAUAAUGCUGUAGCUGUCCCAGUGCAGACGACCACGGCUCAGGCUCUGGCUGUCAGUUCUGGAGCAGGGGGUGGGAACGCUGGAACCAGUCUGCAGGUUCCCAGAGCUGGAAUCCCAUUGGUCAGUGCAGGCAUUAGCUCCAGUCAGCUCGCUGCCUUUCAGCCGCGGGCCACGCCUCCUGGGUUUCCUCAGACAAUCCCCAUAUCAUCCACCAUCGUAGGGCAACCAAUGACUCUGCAGCGACUGCCCGUGAAAGGUCAGCCAAUAGCUGUUCAGCGUUUACCAUCUGGUGCAGUGGUCACUAUUGCCAAUGGCCAAGUAAUCAGCCUGCAGCAGUCUUCCAGUCCUGGACGUCCCCAGUCUCCGCGGACAGUGUCACAAAUUGCCGGCCAGCCCCGACCGGUCCUCACGUCUGCCUCACUGGGACAGCAGCUGACCAAGCAGCCUACAGCGACCAUAGUGAACGUGUCACAGGCACAGCACAUCGGCCUUCGCAUACCCACCCCGUCAUCGCAACAGGUGACCAUCCAGCGGAUGAUCAAUCCAUCCUUGGCUCAACAAGUGUCAGGCCAAAACUUUAUCCAGCGGAUGCCAAAUCCCAAUGUCCUCUCCCAGCAAAUUAACAACAAUGCCACCAAUAUAGGCCAGCCUACAGUCAUGAGAGCCGCUUCUCCGAUGGGUACUGCCACCAUCCUGGCCGGUCAACAAAUCUCCAUUCAACCCCGCCCGUCCGUUGCGACGUUCAUAUCUGGCUGCCCAACCUCUGGCAUCACGUUGACUGUGACAUCGGUCUCACCGAGCCCCCUCAGCGUCCAGACGACCUCGUCAACAAUGCCCGUCGGUCAAGUACCGGUAACCCAGAGCCAGGUCCCUCAGGUGAUCCACCGACCGGGUUUUGCCGGGACUCCAGCCCAGGUGCUACGCCCUGGUGUGCCAAUUGUUCUGUCUCUCUCCGGGCGCCAGCAGGUCUUGCAGAAUGGCAUGCCACGACUGCUGCACAAGGCCAGUCCAUCUGCGGGUGUGGCCAAUGUAGCGGCGACUGUGUCUGUUCCCGUUCCACAGUUGAUUUCUCCGAACUUGAAACCACAGGCAAUGUUACGGAAUGGGCAAGCUGCAGGAAAUGCUGUUGUCCAAGCUCGCGCUCUGGCUCCGGCUACUGCUGGGGUCAUGGUCACACCUUCUUCAUCCACUCUGGGGACAACUGCGGGAACGGUUGUCAUGGCAGCCAGUACUCCUGUGGUGGCUACUGUCACCUGUGCGUCCACUGAGUUGACCACCUCCACUGCCAUAUCAUCGACAUCAGAACAAGAUGUUUCAACAAAAGUCUCUAGCGUCACUGGAGUGACCAUCAGCUCUGCCGCCAUCAGUGAUCCGAAACCUGCAUCAUCGACAGACACUGUCCCAACUGUUUCGAGUCCUCUCGACUCUUCAGCAAAUCUUUCCACAGCCUCGGUCCCCAGCUCACAUAUGGUCAGCACCAUGCCCACAGCUGUUGUGACCCCUGAUCUUACAGUUUCCUCCGUGAAGAAUCAGCCAACUAGCACAACUACAGUCUCGUCCUCGGGACCAGUUUCCAGCACUUCCCCGUCAUCGUCCAGUGUCACCACUGUCAGUAAAGAGGAAACUGCAGCUGCUUCUGCAGCCAGUACUUCCGUGUCUGUAUCUGGACAUGAGGGCAACAGCAGCUCGGAAGUUGAUCAAAUACCUGUAAGUGCAACAGAUACACCUGCUCCUCCCAGCUCAUCAGCCAGUACUGCCGAAGUAGAGAAAGGUCGCAACACUGCGGCGGACCCCAAAUUUACGGUGACAGUGACCACUGUGGAGCCUUCUGUUCUAGAUGUGCCAUCGUCAAGUGAGACAGGGGCUGGUGGAACCGAUGCAGUGAAAAUUAAUGGAGAUCACACUGAGUCUGUGCCAGUAAUGGCUAGCGCCAGGGCUGAACCGGAGGAUAGUGAAGGUGUUAUCUUGACCGAGGGCUACAUUGACUCCAAUCUUCUGGAAUGGACAGAUGGAGUCGGUUCUCUACCUGGCACUGACAUGAAGUUCAAGGUCAACGAGUUUGGGGACCUGGAAUUAAUGGAAGAUCCUGGCCCUGGUGCAGAGGUCAGUCAAGAGGAGACAUCCAUGGACGCAGACUAUGAAGCGUGUGAACAGGAGGAGGAUGAUGAGGAAGAGGAGGAAGCAAGCAAAGGGAGCGCCAGUCUUGAUGAGAACAGGGAAAGUAAAGUUUAUUCUGUGACUGAUCCAGCAGAACUCUCGGACCACGAAGGUGACCCCAUCUGCUGCUGUGUGUACUGUGGUCGCUAUGGUUAUAAGAGUAAAUUUAGGACUUCUGGAAGGUUCUGCUCUCAGACUUGUGCAGGAAAGAAAAACUUACACCGCAAACAGAUGAUAAUGUCUCGGAUGAUGAUGGGGAUGAAAAGUAAAAAGAAAAGGCUGAUCAUGUCUGGUGAGCUUAAAGCAGCACCAAAGGAAGAAUUUGAUGGUGGGACGAGUGGUGAGAAAAAGAUGCUCCACUUCGAUUGGGAUUUGUAUCUUGCUGAGACCGAAACUGUUGGAGCUCCCAAAAGACUGUUCAGAGAGCCAUUUCCCACGAGCCGGAACGGCUUCAAGCUGGGCAUGCGCAUGGAGGGUGUCGACCCCAAGCACCAAUCGUUGAUCUGUGUGCUGAGUGUGGCUGAAAUCCAGGGCUACCGGCUCAGGCUGCAUUUUGACGGCUUCUCCGAGUGCUAUGACUUCUGGGUCAACGCGGACUCGCCGUUUAUUUUCCCAGCAGGUUGGGCAGAGAAAAACGGGAAAACUUUACAGCCCCCCAAAAACAUUCCUAUAGAAGAGUUUAACUGGCCUGCCUACCUCAAGCAGACGCGAGCUGUUGCCGCCCCAAAGCACUUGUUUGUCAGCCAGCCAAACACGGUGAUCCCCUCCCCGUUCCGUGUGGGGAUGAAGCUUGAGGCCGUAGACAAGAAGAACUGGAGUCUGGUCUGUGUGGCCACCGUGGCCGACUCAUUGGGGGACAGAAUCCUGGUGCACUUUGACGGCUGGGAUGACAUCUACGACUACUGGUGCGACAUCGUCUCUCCCUCCAUCCAUCCAGUGGGCUGGUGCCAGCAGAAUGGACAAACGCUGAGCUCUCCACCUGACUAUGGGGAUGCAGGCAACUUCUCAUGGGAGAAUUACUUGGCUGACACACGCUCUACUGCUGUCCCAGCACGGGCUUUUAAAACGCGUACGCCAAUGGGUUUUGAGACGGGCAUGAAGCUGGAGAUCGUGGACAAGCGAAAUCCUAUCCUUAUUCGUGUGGCAACCAUCCAAGAUGUGAAAGAUUUCCGACUACUCAUCCACUUUGACGGCUGGGACUCUCUUUACGACUACUGGCUGGAGGAUGACAGCAUGGAUCUGCAUCCGCCCCAGUGGUGCUGGAAGACAUUCCACCCUCUACAGAGUCCCAUUGAUAAGGACAGGCACAGCCAGAACGAAUCCGCUGGUGGUUGCCCCACAUUUGGAUGCAAGGGCAUCGGUCACAUCAAAGGGGCCAAGUACACUGGCCACCACAGUGCAUUUGGAUGUCCUUACUCGGAGGUGAAUAUGAGCAAAGAAUCUGCCCUCACUGACCGUCUCGGCUCUUCUCGCUCUGAAGAAAGUGGCGGGGUUCUUAUCCGGCACGAUCCGUCGGGCGAGAUUAAACGAUGUCCCACGCCUGGUUGUGAUGGCCUUGGCCACGUCACAGGCAAGUUCACAUCUCACCAUUGCCUGUCAGGAUGUCCUCUUGCUGAGAAAAACCUGGCCAAAGUGAAGCAGGAAAAUGGCGUGGGGUCACGACCAGUGGGAAGGCCAGGUCGUGGGCGCAAAAGAAAACUGCUGAGCUACCCACAAGUUCUCUGUGAUAAAAUGGUGAAGCAUGAACCUUUGGAAGCUCCGAGUGAAGAAGUGAGUGCAUUCCACGCAAGUAUCCACGAGUCUGUGUUCCAGUCGGGAGUGCCCGUCCCCGCCUCCCGUGAACAGCCUCUGUGCUGGGAGCAGCACGCCAAGCUCCUGCCUGGUGUGGGGACGGUCAACCGUACCUGCGUGCCUCGGUGGUCAGUGGAGGAGGUGGCCGACUUCAUACAGCGGCUGACGGGGAAACAGGAACAAGCGCAGAGGUUUCGGGAUGAGGAAAUUGAUGGAGACUCAUUUUUGCUCCUGCAACAAAGUGAUCUGAUGAACUUUCUCAAUAUAAAACUAGGACCAGCUGUCAAGAUUUUCAACAGCAUCUUAGUUUUUAAAGGAGCAAACGAUCCACUUUAGUCAAAUGUGCUUCCAGUUUUGUGAUUGUUGUGAAUUGUCUAGAGCAGAAUAGAGGUGCUAUUUUACUGUUGUUUUUAGUCAUAGAUUUAAGUUCAUGAAUCCAUAAUAAUAAUGGUCAAGUAUACUUACAGUUUCAUGUAUAUAUUGCUUCAUUAACGGACAAAAACAGAAUGCAGCUGAGUACUUUUGUCUUGAAAGAAUGGUCUGUUCGAAGAUAAAGAGCAAAGACACUUGACUGUGGAAAGGUCUAGUGAAAGUUUUGUAGAUAGCUUAUAUGCUCCAUCUUUUUGUAUUUGUUCAUAUAAAAAUUUUGUAUGACAUAAAUGUAGAGUUUAAAUGCUUCAUCAUUCAUGUCAUCUGAAAUAUGAAAAGCAGGUAAAUUAUUUAUAGAGUGCUAAUUUUUUAAAUAAUUUUUUUGAGGGGGGGUUCAAAGCAAUAGUGCAGUAUAAUUUGAUCUCAUAUCCUGUAACGUUUAUGAACACUUUUGACUGGAUGGUCUCACAGUAUGGAGCCUACAACUUUUUACUCGUAAAUAGAGGUGCAACAAAGAACUUUUGUCGGUUAGUUGUGUGUCCCUCCUGCGUUUCGUACCUGCUUCUCUGUAAAUUCUACAUUCCAUCAGGUUGUGUGACCAGUGAUACAUGUCACUGAGGAGUCCUUCUGUGUAGACCUUGUGCUGUUUCCGCCGUCUGCCGUCCGUUAAUUUUUUAAGCUCUUUAUAACUGUUGUUGUAUUGGUCAGGAUGUGAGCUGCUUCAACUCUUUUUAGAAAAAGUUCAAGCUUCUGAAUAAUUUUUUUGUGGAGUCCACUGCAUAGAUGCAUGGAUAUAUGUAUACUUUGUAAAGAUUUUAGUUUUUAGAGGGCUUCUUUUAUUUAGUUAUUUAGUUCUGAAUUGCUAGCACAAUUCCUUAAUUAACAAUUUACUUUCGCAGAAGGGUUGUCGCCUUUCAACUAUAAGUCCAACCCUUGUACUAUAGAGAUGUACAAACAAUAAUUAAAUUUUCAUUUCUUUACAUGGCAGUAUAAGGGGUAGAUGGCCUUUACUGCUCUGAUAGUGAAUUCAUGGAGAUAGUGUGUGCAUCUGAACCAGUGGAUAUUGAAACAAUAUCAUUUGCUUGCUAAGUUGGAGUUUUUGUAUAGGAUUCCUGUUUGUGGAAAAUUUAAAGCUGCACCAAUAGUAACUUGGUGUACAUCUAGUUUCCAUAUGGACAUUUGUGGCACAACGAGGUGGAAUCAGGCGCUCGUCAGUUUUUGAGCAUACAGAGUUAACUUAGUAUCAUCUGCAAGCUUAUUCAUUUUCCUUGCUUUCCAUGAAAAAAUAACAAACUAUCUUGAAAAUAAGUCAGGAGGUGUUGGUAGCAGGUAUCAGAGGUUAAAUUAAUGAGAAAAUGGCUGCCAAAGUUUGAUAACAUCGGUAGCUUGAGAGUCCUUGAAAUAAUG